AUGUCCACGUCCCUCCCACAGUCAUUUAGACAACUCAUAAAGCCCAUCGAGGCCGUCGGGUUUUCCUUUGACGACCUCGAAAAGGCCUUUCUCACAACGAUUGGAGGAGAAGAUUCAGAAGACGACGAUUAUUGCGAGAAAUGCGAGCGCGAACGAGAGAAAACAAGCCCGCGCCGCUCGUCGAAAUCAAAGACCGACAAAGUCUCCAAGCUCCGAGACUCUGUCAAACUCCACAAACCACACGGAAAUGAGGCCAAUAAUGCACUACGACAUGCAAAACUCGGCAGGGCUCUCCAUGGUCGAUUCGAGCUCCAUGGCGAUCCGCACGACUUGGACGAGGCCAUCACGCAUUUGUCCACCGCCAUGGCAAUCCUCCCUCCCAAACACAAACAUCGACCCAUGUACGAAUCAAACGUUGGACUCAUGCUGUGCGUCCGAUACGAGCACACUCGCUCCGACAAGGACCUCGACCGUGCCGAGCGCUAUUGUCGAAAUGCGCUGACCGCUCUUGAGUCGCAGUCGGAGGAAUCUAUCACCUCCAUUGACAAGGCAUGGUAUCGCGCCAACCUGGCUACCGCACUCCUCCAUCGGUACGAGCGUCACAAGCAAUCCCAGCACCUCGAAGAGUCGCUCUCCCUCUGGCGAACAGCCAUUUCCUCCCUCCCCGAUGAUCAUCCCGACAAGGCUCCCUACCAGUCCAACCUCUCCGCCGUCUAUCUCGCCCGCUAUCAGAUCAACAACAAUAUCGAGGAUCUCGACAGAGCUAUUAGCAAUAUCCGAGCAGCCAUCCGAGGCACACCAAGGGAUGACAUUCACUGGGUUAUCUACAAGUACAUGGCCAGCUCCCUCUUCUUCAAACGAUGGAGUCGCUCCCAGCGGGCAGACGACAUUGACCGGGCUAUAGAGUAUGGUCGAGACGCAUUAGAGGCGCUGCCGAACAAGCAUCGCUACUCGUCCAAAUACCAGUCGGAUCUGGCCACCAAGCUUCUUUCCCGAUACGACCAACGUGGAGAGUUGGAGGAUGUCAACGAGGCAAUCGACCUCUCCAAGGACGCCGCAGUGACUUUUGCGCACGCAAGCUAUCCAGCCGAAAGGAGUACCGCUCCUUUGAACCGUCUCACCGCAUUGGCCCAAGCACUCGCAAAGCGGUUCGAAAAGACAGAGGACAUAGGCGACCUUAAUGACGCCAUCAAGCAUGCAAAGCAAGCAGCUGUAUUGGCAGAUAAGAGUCGAUCCCCCGAACGACAUACUGCACACUUUACUGUCGCUGGUUUUAUCUAUACGCGCUUCGAGCGUUCUAACGACGAAGAGGAUCUCAACGAGUCGAUACACCACAGUACCAUUGCCAUCGAUGCCACACCACCCGCCAAUACCCAAGCAGAGAGGGAAGAGUUGGCAGAAAAGCUCUCCGUUCUCUCGUCGCACCAUCUCACUCGCUUCGAGUACCAACGCAACCCAGCAGAUCUCGACGCAGCCGUCAACAAUGCAAAGACGGCUCUCGACUUGAAAAAGGCGGGUGAUGGAAACGGUCCGAUACAACAAAACCCACACGCCGCUGCGCGCUACGCACUCGCUCUCGCGCUGUUCAGACGAUUCGAGCAAAAUGGAGACCUCAAGGAUUUAGAGGGUGCCCUCAAGAAUGCACAGCUCGCCUACGACGCCGUCUCAAAGCCCUCUCCGGCAUCGCGCCGAUUGUCUGUCUCCACCUCGCGCACAGCCGUCGCACCCGAAACCGACUCGCGCAAGAUUCUCUACCAAUCCCUCCUCAGUGGCGUCCUCUGUGCCCGGUAUAAGCGAUUGGGGAAGAAAGAGGAUUUGGAUAGUGCCAUUGCACAUGCAGAAGCCAUUCUCGCUGCGACUCCGGCUGAUCAUCCGUUGUACGAAAUGUACAAGAGCAUCCACUCGUUUGCGCUACGAGCUGCCGCGCCGGCAAAGGAGCCUGGUACGUCGCCCGACGACAUUAUCGCACAUGCACGAGAAGAGGUCGAACGUGCCAAGGCCGAGAGGGAUCCGAGUUGGGGUGUGCAAAUGCUUCGACUGUGUAACCUCUUAUACGCACGUUACGAGUCGAACUUGGAGCAUAAGCCUGAUUCCGCCGGGGCGAGUAAGAUUGCGGAGGAUUUGGACUUGGAGCAUGCUUUGGACGACUGGAGGAGGAUUGCUACCGCUGGCUUGCGGACGGUGCCUUCCCCGCCGAGCGUUCGGUUCCGUGCAGCGCUCAAGUGGGCCGACGUCUCGUGCCGCGAGGGACGGUACAAGUCUGCCGUCGAAGCGUACAAGGUUGCCAUGAGCCUUGCACCCCGCGCCGCGCCCGGAGAGGAGAAUGAACUUUUGCUCAAUACGUUUAGCCUCGCUUCCGACGCUGCUGCUGCUGCUAUCGAACGAGGCCAGCCAGAGACGGCAAUCGAGUUUCUCGAGCAAGCGCGCACGCUGCUGUGGAGAGAUGCGCUCGGUCUUCCAUGCGACUUGGACAAUUUGGAGCUCAAGAAUCCCAGCCUGGCUCGUCAUGUCACGGACGUGUUGAGGGAACUCGAACAAGGCCACGAUGCGUUUAGCCCCAACUCGCCGAUUGCGAAUCUGAACAUGCGUGCGCCUUGGAUGCGCGUAUCCGAACCCAAAGUCAAGAAUGAUUCCUCGCCAGACGACAAGUGGAACUCUGUUGUUGGGACGGUUCGCGCUUCGGAGAGCGGCUUCCAUGAUUUCCUUCGCCCGUGGACGUUUGAUAGCAUGCGGGUCGAGGGUGCUCCUGUUCCUGUUGGACCAGUGGUCAUUCUCAACGCAAGUCAUCUCCGCUGUGACGCCAUCAUCCUCGUUUCGACAAACGAGCCGUUGAUCGUUCCGCUUACGAGGACAUCUAGAUCUGAAUUGGAGCGGGUGGCGGCAAGGUUGAUCAAGGGUGUCAAGGAGCUGGAGGAAAGUGCCCUCACUGGCUUCCAGUUUGACAAAGUCGUUCUCGAGCCAGUCUUGAAGGACUUGUGGGAGACGGUCGUUCAGCCAGUGUUGAGCAAGUUGGACGAGGUCGCGUUGGGUGGUGGUAGGAGUGUCGGAUGGGUGACGAACGGUGUCUUUACCUGGCUUCCACUCCAUGCUGCUGCGAUUGUGGGCGAUGGACGAUCGAACAGGGCGGAAUCAAGCGAAGACGGUACUGCGACACCAAAAUCAUACAGCACCAAAUACUCGUUCUACUAUGCCACCACUCUUCAAUCUCUCCUCCACCCAGUCGUGAUUGACAAUCGCACCGAGUCCCGCGUACUCGUCGUUUCUGACCAACCGUCUCGACGCGCCUCGCUUCUUGGUGGAAACGUGACCAGCAUCCAAGCUCUCAAGUCUCAACUCGCCCCAUCACCUUCAUCUACGCCCGAACCGCAGAGCGAACCUGGCCGUCGAAACGUGCACAUCGAGUCCCUCGAGGGCCCUGCUGCUCGGCCAGAUUCUAUCCUCAAAGCGCUGCAACCUACUCCAAUCUACUUUGAGACUGGCGAAGACAAUGCAUCGUCCAAUGGUGUCGAUGUGAUCCACUUCUCUUGCCCAACAUUGUGCGAUGCGCUUCGACCCGCGAGCAGCGCCUGGCGCGUUGCUGACGGUUCCCAGAGACCACACCCGGAUCUCGUCUUCAGCAAUGCUGCCUCUUAUAGGAUCGACGGGCCGGCAAUGGCUGGAUCUGGAGACGUCCGACUCCCUCAGGAGCUGAUGACACCCGAGGCGGCGCUUCAAUUUGCUGGUGUUCGUGGUGUCGUCGGGCAGAUGUGGAGCACAAAGAACGAGGACGCGACGGUGGUAGCCAAGCAUGCCUACCAAGCCGCUGUCAACUCGGGUACAGGGGAGGAUAGGCGGAUCCACUCGCAUCCUAUUACGGGUAAGAUCCUCCGGGUCGGUCGCGCGUCGUUUGGUGCGUCGAGUCCCGAUGCUUCGACACCUGUUGGUGAGGAAGGUGUGCCUGUUUGGGAGACAAAGGGCGUCGAAGAUGCACUCGCUGCGUUGAGAGCAGCGCAUGUGCCAUUGUUCAGAACAGUUCCGUUUGUUCGCUAUGGGCCUUAG